AUGCGUAACAUAUACAUCUUCAAUCUCUUUCUUUGUCUCGGAGCAACAGCUACCCGUUUUCUCGAGAGGAACUUAGCGUACAAGUCUCCUUUUUUGGACGCACCCCAGCUGGGACAUAAUAUCGACAACCUGCAUAAGCGACAGGUUCAGCAUGUUCGUCGUCAGAUGGAAGACGCGGGGAUUUUCGAGGAUGAACAUUAUGUCACCUUCUAUGGGAGCGAUUUUAGCAAUAGUCCAUUCAUUUGGAGUGGCGGAUUGAACUUUACUCAUGCUGGUAAGAUGCUUGGCGAUCCUUUCGACACUUCUGUAUUGUUGUGGGCACGGGCAGCCCCAUUGCCAUCAAGUGGAUCAUCGAAGCUACCUGAUCAGAGUGUUCCUGUUUGUCUGUCGUAUCAAGUGUCCAAAUUCGCCGAUCUAUCUGGUCCUCCCGUUGAUUCUGGCGAAGCAUUCACAAGUUAUGAUGUGGACUGGACAGUAAAGAUUGAAGCGACUGGCUUGCAGCCUGACACAAAAUACUUUUACCGAUUCUCUGAUUGCACAGACCCUACGAGCACUAGUCCUAUCGGUACCACUAGAACUUUGCCCAGGCCUGAUACCGCUGCGGACAAUGUUAAUGGAGGAAACCCGUUUAUUCUUGCUGUGUUCUCUUGUUCUCAAUAUCAAGCAGGAUGGUUCAACGCGUACGGAUACGCAGCCAAUUUCGUGAAGCCCGACAUUUAUAUUCACCUUGGAGACUAUAUAUACGAAGGUCUGGGGAACGGUGCCUCGAUUGGACGACAAACUCUGGGCAGGGAAUUGGCGACCAUUUUUGACUACCGCCAACGUUUGGCCCAGUAUAGAACUGAUGAGAGUCUUCGUGCUGCCCAUCUAAGUGGACCAUGGAUUACAGUCUGGUAUGUCGCUGAUAAUGCCUGGAAAGCUGGCACAGCAGAUUCCAACGAUACUUCCAUAGGCUGCUCUUUUUCUCCAUCGGGAGCGUGUUUCACUGACAGGAAAUUAAGUGCUGUACGGGCGUAUCAUGAAUGGAUGCCUAUACGACAGGUGGUCUCGAACGAUAAGCUACGUAUAUGGAGAAAUUUCCAGAUAGGAAGGCUCAUGGAUUUGACGAUGCUUGAUACCCGACAGUACGACAGAGAUUUGACGGAUGUAAGUGUGAUUGACAAACUUGUCAAUACCAUAUCCUCGUACGAAAACCGUAGUCUGAUGGGAGCAGAGCAAGAGAAGUGGUUUUUCCAGACACUUUCCCAGUCGCAGGCACGAGGCGCUGUAUGGCGUAUCAUUGGGCAACAAAUAGUUUUCACCCAGCUGAACCUCAGCGGUACAUGUGAAUUGUCCAAGGAUGCGUGGGAUGGGUACCGAGCCAACAGGCGCCGUGUGCUCGAUCAUCUUUACGGGAACAAAAUCAGCAAUACGGUUAUCCUCUCGGGCGAUAGUCAUGCCAACUGGGUGUCUGACCUUGCCUACCCGAAUGAUACAACGAAGUACAAUCCAAUCUCGGGAGAAGGCGCUAUUGGUGUUGAGUUCGGAGGCACAGCGGUAACAUCUCCAUCUUCGUUCGGUCCGAUAUCACAACCGGAAACAGUCAUCGUUUCACAAGCUUUCGUCGCCGCUAACGCGGACUUACAAUGGAGUGAAGGUUUUUACCGCGGAUUCUUUAGUUUGAAGGUGGAUCCCAGCCAACUAAAUGCAACGUUCUACGCCAUGAAUGACAUCGCCUCCGCUAAUUUGAAAGGCUUUGCUACUGCAGAGUUUAUUGUGAAAGCUGGAGAGAGCAAACUUUCCCGCCCUGUAGCUGGCGGCACUGUUUUGGCGGGGGCUCUGAAAAGUUGA